AUGAAUCUGACAUUUUUUACUUCUCCAGACUAUUUUGUCAUCAAAGGGAUUUCGGUUGCUCCAGAGCUGCAGUUUCCUAUUUUCCUUCUGGUUCUUCUUAUUUAUGUCAUGACUCUUGGUGGUAAUAUGACUAUUCUUCUCUUGGUCUCUAUACAUCAUCAUCUUCACACCCCAAUGUACUUUUUUUUGAGUAAUUUGUCAGUGGUGGAUAUUACAUCUGCUACUGUAACCUUACAUAAAAUCCUUUUCACCUUCAUAACAGGCAACAGAAGGAUGGCUUUCAUUCCAUGUGUGGCACAGAUGUAUGUCUUUAUAUCCUUGGUAUGUGUUGAGCUGAUGCUUCUGACCACCAUGAGUUAUGACCGAUAUAUGGCAAUAUGCAACCCAUUACAUUAUCAUUUGACUAUGAACCAAGUUGUCUGUGCUCUGCUGGCUAUGUUUUGUUGGGUGUUGAGCUUCCUAGAAAUUAUUCCUCAUCUUUUGGUCAUUUCAAGUUUUACGUGCUUUACAUCUAAUGAAAUAAAUCAUUUCUUCUGUGACAUUAUGCUUCUGGUGAAACUUUCUUGUAGCAAUACUUCCAUAAUAAAUCUUCUCAUUUUUACCUAUGCCCUAGUCCUUUCAACCUGUCCCUUGCUUCUGACCAUUGUGCCUUAUGGUUUCAUCCUACAUGCCGUGAUGAGGAUUACAUCCAGCAGUGGAAGGCGUAAAGCCUUUUAUACAUGUUCCUCACACCUUACAGUCGUUUUCCUACUCUACCUGACUCUCGCCAUCCAAUACCUGAGGCCAAACUCCAUCGACAACUUGAAUUUCAAUAAACUUUUCUCCAUGUUGAACACAGCUGCUGUCCCAAUACUGAAUCCCCUCAUUUACAGUUUAAAAAAUGAAGAUGUAAAGAGUGCUCUGAAACAAGGGUUUAAAUCCGCUGCUGAGUCAAUGAGAGUAAGCAGCGGCGGCGGUGAAGGAGGCUGGACGUGGCAGGGAGGCGGCGCCCAUGGGUCAGCAUCAGACGUGAUGGAGGAGAGGGCGGGCAUGGCGUCGUAG